CUCCCACGCAGAAGCAGGUCCCCUCCCCCCCUCCAUCCAGGCCCGCGGCGGGAGGCGACAUGAACAACAAAGAAGGUGGAGGCCACGGCCGAGGGUCAGGAGGGUUCAGGAAAAGAAAGCAUGACACUUUCCCACAUGGCCAGAGAAGAGAAGGGAAAGAUGUUAACUCGUCUUCUGCUGUGAUGGUGGCCUUCAAAUUGUUUCAACAGGAACUUGAUACUAGACAUGACAAGUAUGAAAGACUUGUGAAACUCAGUCGUGAUAUAACUGUUGAAAGUAAAAGGACGAUUUUUCUCCUCCAUAGGAUUACUAGUGCUCCUGAUGUGGAAGAAAUAAUGAAUGAAUCAGAAAGUAAACUGGAAGCUGUCAGGCAGAAGAUUAAGCAGGUAGCCCAAGAACUAUGGGGAGAAGAUAUGUAUCAGUAUCACAGAGCUAUUACUCCAGGGCUUCAAGAAUAUGUGGAAGCUGUGUCUUUCCAACACUUCAUUAAAACACGUUCACUAAUCAGUGUGGAUGAGAUCAACAAACAAUUGGUAUUUAUAUCAGAAGACACCAGAGAAGAAAAUAACACUGUCUCCUCAGAUUUAGAAGACAAACCCAAACCCCUCUGCACUUGGAGCCUGAAGGUGACACCUGUUGAUUAUCUUCUGGGCGUGGCAGAUUUAACUGGAGAAUUGAUGAGGAUGUGCAUCAACAGUGUGGGAAAUGGUGACAUUGAUACCCCUUUUGAAGUGAGCCAGUUUUUGCGUCAGAUUUAUGAUGGGUUUUCAUUUAUUGGUAAUACAGGACCUUAUGAAGUGUCUAAGAAAUUAUACACACUGAAACAGAGCCUAGCCAAGGUAGAGAAUGCAUGCUAUGCCUUAAAAGUUAGAGGUUCAGAAAUUCCAAAGCACAUGUUAGCAGAUGUGUUUUCAGCCAAAGCAGAAAUGAUUGAUCGAGAGGAGGGUAUUUCAUAAAAGAGCAACAUUCAACUCUUGCCAAUGUCCAUAAGGGAGAUCAGUUUGAAAGACUGUUAUUUAGUAUUUCAUUUUACUUUUUGUGGCUUUUAUUUAGUAAUGUUUCAGUUUUACCUGACAAAAUUAUUUGCACUGUUUUAAACUCUGUACAUUGCUGUACAUAAAAUUGAUGAAAUUAUUUGAUGAAAUUAUUUACUCCAUGUAUCUUCUGUUUUAAAAUGUUUGGCAUAUUGGACUGUCUGAGCUUCCCAGUGACCAACUACUGUCUGUCACAUAUCCCUGUGAGGUACUUAUUUCAUAGAGCAGUCACUGCCAUUCCCAUUAUAGUUAACUGUUGAAUUAUGGAUUGUAUAAUGUUUUGUUAAGCCAUUAAUAAUUUGAUUGGUGAUUCUAUUAUAUCUAAAAAGGGCUUUUUAAGCCUUAUAUUUUGUCUUGAACGUCUUAUUUAAAUAUCUUGCACCAAAGCCACUAGAAUGGAUUUGGUGUCUAAGCAUGGUACCAAAGGCUUGGAAAAGCCAUGACCUACAUAAAGAACAAUUAAAUAGAAAGGAGAAUUCAUCAAAUUCCUGUGAAAUGGUAGCAGUGAGAAUUGACAUUGUGUUCUGAUUAAUAAGUGCACAUGGAUUCGUGUGUUUCAGUAACACAUCUUGCAGAAUAAUAUUCUUGUACCAGCUAUUCUAUUUUAAAUUGAAAUCUUCUGCUCUUCAUUACAGAGGAGCUGAAACUGAAUUGAUGCUAAAAGUAAAGUAUCUUAUGAAGUUGGUCAGCAUUAAAUAUUUUCACAUGGAAAUGAAAUAUGUUUGCCAACAGUUUAAAAAAAAAGUAGGAGAGCUGGCUAAUUAUUAUUGUUUGUUAAAUUUUAUUACAUCAAGGCUUAUUUUGACCAUCAUGCAUUUAUUUUGAUUUAUCUUGAUGCCUGCCUAUUUUGGCUUUUCUUAGGAAUCAUUUUUUAAAAUAGCAAUGAAAUAUUGUAGGUUAAAAGAUUUAAUUCAUUCAUAACUUCAUAGCUGUCCAACUUAUGCUAAUUGAGAUAUAGGAGAUUACCAAAGAAAAAUUAUCAUGUAUAAUUUAGCAAUAAGAAAUUGCAGUUCCAAGUGCUUUUAGCAAUAGUAUUAGUCACAGAGCCAAAUCCUGUAACUAAUCCCUUAGGAACUAGAAUGGUGGUCCCUUUUAUGCCAGUACUAUUUAGAAUUGGAAUUUACAAACUAAAAUUAGGAAUAGCUAAUUCCCUGUGAUCUUGACAUAGGCAUUAUACAGUUGAUACAGAAAUUUCCAUUUGGAUUUAAGAACUUUAAGUUUUGAGAACUUUGAUAAAGAAAUGAAUUUUGGGGAGACUGCCCCUGAUUACAGGGGCUGCUUUCUCUAUAUCAACCUUUGAAGGGAAUGUGGAAAUAUGUGCCUAAUGUCAGGUCUUUUUUAUAUGUUUGUUUUUUCAAAUAAACUUGUCACUAUGCUUAUAAGGUUAUUCCCCUAUUACUAUGUUUUGUUCUUUUCCUUUAAACCACCUUGCAUUACAUUUAUAAUAUUGUUUACCCUUUUACUUUGAUCAUUUCCAUGUAAAAAAAAUAUUGAAUUGAUAAAGGAUUGUUUUGUGAAUGUUUAAAAUGAAAUAUUUUGAAUAAAACCAUUUUAAAAUGUAGAAAAA